AUGAAAUGUUACGAAUUCAUCAAACGUACGGCUCAUACCGGUUUUUCACUUUCAACAAUUCGCCAACUCAGUCCUCCACUUCAAUCAGUUGCUACAAACCAUACAACAAACACACCGCACACAACUACACCAUCACUUGCCACAGCCAUGCGACAUUUGCAACCAUUAAAGCACACUGAUCGACAACAAAUACCAUCUACACCUGUUUUCAUCGAUUUGAUGAAUUUUCAGUCCUUGACUUGA